AUGGAUCUCUUCCCGAAUUUUGAUAUGGUCGUCUCAGCACCACCUCAGCUUACGAUGUGGUACAACGAUUUGGACGGGGAUCAUAGGCGAACCCUUAAUAAGUACGUAGGUGCCUUAACCGAGCUGAUCAACAUGGAUGGUUGGCCAGAACUAAUCGAGGUGCUUACGGGGUAUUGGGACAGUCAGAAGAUGGUCUUUCGUUUCGGAACAGCCGAAAUUACCCCGACGCUGGAAGAGAUAAGGGAUUGUAUAGACACCGUGGGCACUGGGAUAGAGACGAGAGCCCGAAAACAAGAGGAUAUUUUCAUCCCCAACAAACCUUCCGUAGAGAAUAUUGCGGAUUGGUUUGGACUAAGAAAAGACUUCGCUUAUUGGUGUCAGGAUUCCCACGUGAUGUUCAGAGAUCUCUAUAUUAGAUUCGGACACGCGAGUUUCUACGCCGCGUACAAUCGGGAGUUUAAGAUCUCCUACAGAGAGUGGAACGAGGUCCGUCCCGUAGCGUUUGCCGUGGCAUUGUUGGGAACAAUGGUUUUCCCGCACGGUCCGAGUUUGAGCAUCAACACCAGAGUCAUAACGCUCUUCCACACGUUGUUCAAAGGAUACGAAAAUCAAGGAACAACAAAAUACUACCCCGUAGCUCCAGUCAUAUUAUCUGACAUGUAUCGGGCCUUGGGUAAGUGCAAAGAAGGACACCGAUAUUUCCAAGGGUGUAAUCUACUCCUCCAGUGGUGGAUUCUCAGCCACUUGGCGAAGGGUGCUGGGACGCGGGAUUUACACACCCUCGACAACAAAAACACUCUCAAGGACUUAAACGAUUUACUAUUCUGGGCCAAUAUGGACAAUCGGAGAACAAGAGGGAGAUGGGCCCAAAUUUUCUCCGAAUUGAGAGAAGAGGACCUCCAAUGGAUGCUCGACCGUUUUAUAUCCAAGGAAGUUGUUGUGGAGAGUCGCAGAUGUGUCGUGCUCCCUCUACCAGGCAGUCGGGGAAUUCGCCCUUACGCGCCAUUUCGAGUCUUGCGACAAUUCGGAAGAAAACAAACCGUGCCCAGAGAAGAAUACUAUGGCGCUUAUAUGUAUGACAUUGGGGAUGACAGAGUGCAUGACGCUUCGGAAAUGCUCAGAGAAUGGAAAAAUGCCAAGCGCAUGGGUAAAGACACUAUCGCCCCUGACCGAUUCAACGCUGGAUAUGGCGAAGGUUACAAAGAAUGGCUGAAGAAGGACAUACAAAAUGUCUCAUUUCAGAUUCCGCGUAGCUUUCGCAGUGUGACGGACAGAGUAGCCAAAGCAGUGGCUAAACUGCAAGAGAUAAAGGAAGAGGCCAAUGAGGUCUAUGCUAAGUUUGUAGAGAAUCAGGACGCUCUUGAGAGGGCAACUCGAGAGGUCGAAAGACUGAGGCAGGGGUAUGAUGAGUUUGCCAACUGGAUCCAUCAGAAAAUCGAGAGGAUGCUGAGGUAUAUGUUUCAGCAACACAAAAUUCAGAAAGACGACUACGGAGCAGGAUCAUCCGGAGCAGCAUAG